AUGCCGAAAGUACUCCACACUACGUGGAAGUUCCACGCGCUACUGAACAAGAAGUGGAUAGAAAUUGAGAAAAAAUGCAUGCAGGCCAACCCUGAUUUCAUCUUUUGCCACUGGGAUGAUGAUGACCUCUUAAAUCUGGUCAUUUACCAGUACGGAAAUUUGCUUGAAAAAUUUCUUUCAUAUCCUUAUCCCAUUCAGAGAGCAGAUGUAGGAAGAUAUUUGCUUCUCAAGAAGUUUGGAGGUUUUUAUAAAGACACCAAUAUCGGCUGUAGAGCACCAUUUGAUUACAUCUACCACAAUGAAAUUGAGAAAAAUCGAAACAACGUGACAAAUGAAACAGCCAAAGUAUUAUUCGCAAAAAUUGACCCAAUCGGAGUAGCGGGAGACUUCAUAGCCUCAACACGGGAUCAUCCCAUUUUUGAGCAAAUGAUAACUGAAUUGGGAAGGAGACGAACAAACUACUUCCUGCCAUACUUGGAUGUCAUGCUGAGCACGGGUCCUCUCUUCUUGAGCCACGUUGUCAACUCCUUCAAGGGCAAUCCGAAUAUAUCAUUGAAGAUCAGAAGCGAAGUUUUCUUAAUCGAAACGAAAUCGUAUCAGUUUGUUUAUUUUUAUUUUGUAUCUGGGAGCACCUGGCAUUGCGUAGAUGGGGUAGUUAUUUGGUGGGUCUUCACGCAUUUGAAACUUUUGUUCGUAUGCGCUCUGCUGUUUAAAUUAUUUUGCAUAUUUGCUUUAAUUAAUAAAUCAAAAACAUUGAAGCAUCGUAUAGUGAAAAGACUUGAAAAAAUUUUCCGCAGAAAAGGUAACUGA